AUGAAAAGCAAAUUGUAUGUACCGGGUGUUGGUCAAGCAGGAGUUAAUCAACUCGGUGGUGUUUUUGUAAAUGGUCGUCCAUUGCCUGAUCAUGUUCGUCAACAAAUUGUUGAAUUAGCAUUACUUGGCAUUCGUCCAUGUGACAUAUCAAGAAAAUUACUUGUUUCACAUGGUUGCGUUUCGAAAAUUUUGACAAGAUUUUAUGAAACAGGUUCUAUUCGGCCAGGAUCCAUUAAUGGUGGAAGUGGUCGACAAUCGAAAAGAACCUACGAGAGCCGAGCUGAAAUGAAUAAAUGUCAGAAUUCUGUUAAUAUAUCUCCGUCACAUCAAUCGAUGGACAAUAAAGAAGUAUCAUCAACUCGGAAUUAUCGGUCAUUUCCAGCAAGUCCUGAUCGUCACCCAAGCAAUUCACAUUCUGCAUCUCGAUAUUUUUCAUUUCAUCAUCAUAAUCCAUUUUUCUUCCAACAUCGACCAACACCGACAGCACCACCAAAUCCACCUUCGGACGAAGUCAUCGAAUCUGAGGAAUCCGAUGAAGAUGAUCAUGAUGAUUAUGAUAAUAGUUCGAUCUUAUCAAUGGAAACAAAACCAAGUACAUCGUCUUCGCUAAUAAAACAUUCAAUUGAAAAUAUUCUUGCAAGUAAAGUAACGAUAAAAAAGAAACGACCAUCAUCAUCGUCAUCAUCGAAUACAUCGAAUGAUGAACAAACAACUUGCAAACGCCAAAAAUGUAUUGCAUGUUAA